CGAAGAAAGAAAAGAGAGGACAGAAUGAUUCACUCCGCAUCGGAAGUUCAAAAUAUUUGGAACGACGCCAUUUACCGACGAUCACGUCAUUCAUUUAACACGUGUGCGCCGUCCGAGCCGUUGGCGUUUUGCGCACAUCAUGCCAUCAGAUCACUCAAGCAGCGACGAAGAUGACUCCGUCGAACAGAGCAACGGCGAAGAAGAGGAACAACCAACUCACACAACACAACCAGACGACGACGACGACGACGCCGAUGCUGAUUCCAACUUAACCUGGCAGGACCUGGGCCUCGUCGAUGUACUCUGCAAGGCAUGCGAACAACUAAAAUGGAAGUCUCCGUCGAAGAUUCAACGCGAAUCUAUUCCCGUGGCGCUCCAGGGCAAGGACGUUAUCGGCCUGGCUGAAACCGGCUCCGGUAAAACAGCUUCCUUCGCGUUGCCUAUUCUACAAUCACUACUGCAAAACCCACAGCGAUACUUCGCGCUUGUACUCACCCCGACCAGAGAAUUGGCGUUCCAAAUCUCCGAACAAUUCGACGCGCUCGGCGCUUCCAUCGGCGUCAAAUGCGCUGUGAUCGUCGGCGGAAUGGACAUGAUGUCGCAGGCGCUGGUACUCGCCAAGAAACCACACGUGCUGAUUGCAACACCCGGCCGAUUGCUAGAUCACCUAACGAACACCAAGGGUUUCAAUUUGAAACAGCUAAAGUAUCUUGUUAUGGAUGAAGCAGACAGAAUCCUCAACAUGGAUUUUGAGGUGGAAGUCGACAAAAUCCUGAAGGUUAUUCCGCGUGAGAGGCGCACGUUUUUGUUCUCGGCGACGAUGACCAAGAAGGUUAAUAAGUUGCAACGCGCUUGUUUGAAAGAUCCUGUAAAGGUGGAGGUGUCCACCAAGUACCAGACCGUGGAGAAGCUGCAACAAUAUUAUAUAUUCAUUCCAGUAAAAUUCAAAGAUGUGUAUUUAGUACACAUUUUAAACGAAAUGGCAGGCAACACAUUCAUGAUUUUCUGCUCUACAUGUAAUAACACGAUACGCACGGCGUUAAUGCUGCGAAAUCUUGGAUUCACAGCAGUACCGCUGCACGGGCAAAUGUCACAGAAUAAACGACUCGCGGCGCUGAAUAAAUUCAAAGCGAAAAACCGCUCGAUACUUAUAUCUACCGAUGUUGCAAGCAGAGGUUUAGAUAUUCCGCACGUUGACGUAGUGAUUAACUUUGAUAUCCCGACGCAUAGCAAAGAUUACAUUCAUCGUGUUGGGCGAACAGCGCGCGCUGGUCGCUCGGGCAAAGCCAUCACCUUUGUAACACAAUACGACGUUGAAUUAUAUCAACGCAUCGAAGAACUCAUUGAAAAGAAACUACCACUCUACAAAACGGAAGAGGAAGAAGUUAUGGUGCUGCAGGAACGCGUUGCUGAGUCACAGCGACUCGCCAAACUCGACAUGAAAGAUCUGGAUGGUAAAAAGGGUGGCAAGCGGCGCAAAGGCGAUGGCGAUGAUGACGACAUGGAAAUGUCUUCUGGUGUGCGCAAACGUUUGAAAGGCGGCGGUGGCGGAGGCAAGAAAAAGUUCAAGGGCAAGGGGAAAAAGUAACAGGAUGAAAAUAUCUUGUAUUUUGUUAUUUUAAAUGUUAAUAAAUGCGCAAUAUCGGUAUUAGUUUCAAAGAUUAAUAUAAAAACGCGCAAACAAUUAAAAAAAGAUAUUCCCAUAAAUAUCUUCAAGUCUAUACAGUUAAACAGAUUACGCUGUUUACCUCCAUCUACAUUAUGUAUCAUUUAAAAGAUCGUCACUUAAAGUCAACAACAUUAUUUCCACGACGUUUCAAAGUGUUGCGACCGGAAAAUUCGAGAAUGAAUGAGUUUAAAGGUGAAUUUGAAGAAGCAGAUGCAAUUUCCCUUCAGGCAGAAGACAUUUACAGUUGUAUUAAUAAAAAUAAACGAAUAAAAUGUUAGAAAGUUA